AUGAAUGCCAUUACGCCCCCUGGCACGAUUCUGUUGACAGGUCCGGACGGGAAAAUUAUCCUGCACCCAAAACCGACCAACGACCACGAUGAUCCCUUGAACUGGUCGACACGUCGCAAAGCUCUACACUUUGGCAUCGUCAUCUGGUACACCUCUGUCACGUUUCUCCUGCUCGAAGCAUCCCAUGUCAGCUACCCCGGUCUCCAGGACCACCUCGACAUGACUGACGAUGAAAUCUAUUUCGAGCGGUCUCUCAACUUCGGCGGCCUCGGCCUGGCUGGCAUCGUCCUGAUUCCCUUGGCCUACCGGUAUGGCCGGCGCCCACUGUAUCUCAUGAGCUCUCUGGGGCAGGUUCUGGCGGCCCUGUGGAUUGCAAACGCAAGCACCAAGUACGAAUACUUCCUGAGCAGUAUACUCUCCGGCGCCACCGCGUCGGUCAGCCAGACGCUCGUGCCCAUGACCGUCAGCGACUUGUUCUUCGUCCACCAGUUCGCCACUAUGAACGGCCUGUUCCUCUUCGCCCAGGGCGCCGGUGCUUUCCUGGCGCCGGUCGCGGUUGGCUUCAUAGUCGACUCGCAAGGGUGGCGACAGUCGUUUCAGUGGACGGCCGCGGUUCUCGCCUUCACGUUCCUCCUCAUUCUCGUGCUUCUGGAGGAGUCGACCUUUGUCCCCGCGCCCCCCCGUGAGCAGGAGGACCCCAGCGAAGACAACUUGGGCCCCAGCGAAGACUACUUUUUCAACAGACCCGUCUCUUGGGGAAGCACCGCCGAUCCCGUGGACCUCGUUGAUUUGAACCGCACCAUGACGGUGCCCACUCCCAACGUCGAAUGGCUUCCCCCGCCGCCAAAGACGUGGAGGAAGCGGUUGGCGCUGAUUACAAGAACGGGCAGACCGAUCAAGGCGCGUUUCGUCUCCCCAUUUGUCAUUGUCGCCAGCUUCCCUGCCAUCACCUUUGCCGCCGUUACGUACGGCGCCGUCAUGGCCUGGCUGAUGGUAUACCAACAUAUCACGGCCAUCAAGCUGUUCGAGAAACCGUACAACUUUGAUUCCUUUGACAUAGGGCUGUUUGGGCUGGCCCCUUUUGCCGGCCAUACCAUUGGCAGCGUCGUCGUGGCGGCACUCAGCGAUCGUUGGAUGGUUCAUCUGGCGCGCAGAAACGGCGGAACCUACCACCCCGAGAUGCGCCUGUGGCUCGCGAUACCCGGGGCCAUUCUGACUUGUGCUGGAAUUCUCGUCUUUGGAAUUGCCAUUGCCAAGGUCGGUUCUCUUUUCACCAUCGGACUUGGUUCCGCGCUAUUCGGCCUCGGUUUCAGCAUCAGUCUAGACGUGGCUCUCGCGUACAUUACUGACUGCUACCACAACAUGAUUGGCGAUGCCCUCGUCGGGAUCGUGCUUGUCCGCAACUUGCUUGCUCUCGUGGUUGGAAUGACACUUGUCAUGGUCCCCUGGAUCCGCGACAUGGGCAUUCUCAAGACCUUUAUCGGGAUUGCGGCCAGCGUUGUGGUUGUGUCCAUGCUUCCCGUGUCCAUGAUGAUCUGGGGAAAGAAGGCCAGGGCGAGGACGGCCGUCAAGUACAAGCACUACUCGCUGGCUGCCAUACCCCCGGCCUCGCUCAAGAAGUUGAUGAAGGCGGGGCUAUAG